AUAAAGGUCUGUGAUGGUAGGCAGGGGUUUGUGGUUGUGCUGUGGGAACGUAGAAAACCUGCAAGCAGGGAUUUACGCGCGAACGUUUUUCGUGCUUUCCAUUAUUAAACGCAGCCUGAUAAACCUGUCACUGGGUUAGCUUGUCUGUUUAAAGGGCAAGACAAGAAGAGCUCAGUCAACAUGGCAUACAGACGAGAGCGGAGCAUCCGGGAAAUCUAUGAAGAUCGAAUUAAUGGAAGAUCACAGCAGGUGCCUUAUCAGAGAACGGUGAGCCUUGUGGAUAGGCGGCCUGUCCACAGCUGGACAGAGGAAGACUAUGACCAAGAGGGUGACUAUAACUACGGUCAUGGACGAGGUGGAUACCAUGGGGAUGAUCGGAGAGGCUAUUAUGGAGAGAGAGAGCAGUAUAGUGGAGAAAAAAGAGGUGGACCACAUUUCAGAAGGGAGGAUCCAUAUUUCUACAGCAGAGGGUCUGCAGAAGAGCUCCCAAUGGCAAGACAGGUUGAGAUCAGGAACAAUAGCAGAGUGUCCUCACAGCCUAGGGGUCAAAAGUUACCUCCUCCUCGGCCACUCAUGAGUGUACCCCGCAGAGGAGACGACAGUGUUAUGAAUGUCACUGUGAAUCUGGACCGACGGGAUGAACGUGAGAGCCUGAAGCGGAAAGCUUCGUUCCCUCAUGCUCGUGAGCAGUCUCCACCGAAGAGAGAGGUGCCCCUUGCCAACCGUUCUCGAUCCAGCCGCAGCUACUCUCCUGAAUGCAGCAAGACCAGCUCUUCUCCACCUCUGCCCAAGAUGACAACUGUCCAACAAGAAAAAGAGGGACCACCCAACCAUCACACUGGUGAAUCUCAAGAUGGAUCUCCACACAGUUCAGUAUUAGCAACAAAGCAGGAGGAGAAGCCAGGGACCGAAAUGGAGCAAUGUGAGGAGACAGAAGUUAAGGAAGAUGCUGAACAGAGUCUAGAAGCACGUCGGGCACAUGUCAUCGCAAACAAAGCUCUGGAGAUUGAAAAGUUAUACAGGCAGGACUGUGAGACCUUUGGGAUGGUGGUUAAGAUGCUAAUUGCUAAGCAGCCAACCUUGGAGAAGCAGCUUCAGACAGCAUUGAAAGAGAACCUGGCAGAGAUUAAGGAACGAUGCCUGGAAGACCUCCGUCACUUUAUUUCUGAGGUGAAUGUAGUGCUUAAAUCCGACCAGGCUUGAUUGAGACUGGCUUCAUCAAAUGACUCAUUUACAAAGCACUUUUGGAAACAGUGAUGUUUGCUAGUUUGCCACCCUUUUAUUUAUUUAUUUUUUGCUAGUUUUGCCCCCCAUUGCUUCUUCAAGCCACUAUGAAAACUACUGUACAAGCUUAAAUAGCUUAGAAUCCGGUGGAACAGACAGAAUGUGAGUAUCAGCAGUAAACAAUGAUGCUGUUUGAUUCUCAGUACAUUUAUUGGACAAUCCUAAUGUGGGUAAAAUAUCAGUGUUUAGUUGUCUGGUUUAAAGAACAUUAUUGCCCGAUUCAUUGCAAAUAUAUAUGCCAGAAAUAUUCACAUUUUUCUUACACCAAACAGUUUUUAAUAAACUUUUCCUAAUAAACUUUUUUUUAAAGAUG